UUCGUCUCUUUGUUUAGUUUGAUUAUUUUAUAUUUUCCUUUUUUUCUCCGGUGAAAUUUCAAAGGAUAAUCUGCUACUCUGAUUUCGCGGUUUCUCCAGGUUGUCUGAAACAUGUCCUUAUCGGAAGAGGAAACUGAUUUAAGUGAAUCAGAAGUUGAAGACUACAGCAUUCAAUGGUACGCGAAACUUAAAGAUGGUCGUGAAAAACUUCAAGUUUCAGGUGAAGAGUAUAGCUGCCCAUUCUGUCCUAGGAAAGUCCACAAGUACAGCUUGAGGGACCUAUACCAGCAUGCUUCUGGAGUUUCCAAGGGUUCAACAAAAAGAAAAAUGAAAGAUAGGGGAAAACAUCUUGGAUUGGUGAGGUACAUCGACAGUGAUGUUGACAUAAAGAAACCAUUAGCUGAAUCAAUCAAGAAGAAGGCUGAUGAUCCUAUUGCAAGUGCCGGUCCAAGUGAAAAAUUUGUUUAUCCUUGGAUGGGAAUUGUUGCUAAUAUUCCCAGUGAGAAGAGAGAUGGGCGUUAUGUUGGAGAUAGUGGCUCAAAGCUUAGGGAUAAUUUCACUUUGAAAGGGUUUAAUCCCCUCAAGGUGCAACCACUGUGGAACUGGACGGGAUUUUCAGGGUAUGCAAUAAUAGAGUUCAAUAAGGACUGGCCGGGAUUCUGUAAUGCAAUGGCUUUUGAAAAGAGUUUUGAAGCUGAACAUCAUGGGAAAAGGGAUUACCAUGAAGCAUGUGAUAGGGGUGCAACGUUGUAUGGGUGGAUUGCUCGCGCUGAUGAUUAUGACUCAUCAACAAUAAUUGGAGAACACCUUAGAAAGAAGGCAGAUUUGAAGACUAUUGCUGAUGUUCAAGAAGAAGAGAAGCAAAGAACCUCAAUGCUUGUUUCCAAUCUUGCCAAUGAAAUUGAAGUUAAGAACAAGCAUAUUAAGGAUAUUGAGAGUAAAUACAAUGAAACCAUUCAAAGUAUAAGCAAUUUGAUGACUCAAAAGGAUGAGAUGCACCGAUUGUAUAACGAGGAGAUGCAGAAGACACAGGAGGCUGCACGUGUUCAGCUUGAAAAGAUAUUUUCAGAGCACGAGACGAUUGCAUUACGGCUAGAAGUACAAAAGCAAAAGCUGAUUGAGCGAGAGAAAGAAUUGGAGAAUCGGGAGGCUUACAAUGAAAGACAAAAGCUUGAGCUAGAGAAGCAAAUGAAUGCAAAAGCCACCUUGGAGCAAAAGAAAGCUGAUGAAAAUCUUUUGAAGUUGGCUGAAGAGCAGAAGAGAGAAAAAGAAAAACUGCACGUGCAAAUUAUUGAAUUGGAGAAGAAACUUGAUGCAAAGCAAGCAUUGGAACUGGAGAUAGAACGUCUAAGAGGGGCUGUGCAAGUAAUGAAACACAUUGGAACUGGUGGAGAUGAGGAAGUAGAUGACAAGUUGGUAGCAAUCCAAGUUGAGCUAAGAGAGAAAGAAGAAGAACUGGAAGAUCUAGAAGUGCGUAAUCAAGCUCUCAUUGUCAAGGAGCGUAAAAGCAAUGAUGAAUUACAGGAGUCUCGGAAAGAGUUGGUAAACUGCUUGAUGGAGAGGACUUGUCAGACUUCUCAGACUUCAAUUGGUGUAAAGAGAAUGGGUGAAAUGGAUGAUGUCCCAUUCAAAAAUGCAGCUAAAAGAAUGUUUCGACGGAAGGAAAUAGCCGUGAAAGCUGCUGAGCUGUGUUCACAAUGGGAGGAUCACCUUCGAGAUCCCAACUGGCAUCCUUUUAAGAUCGUGAAGACUGAUGAUAGUAAAGGUCAUAAGGAAGUAAUAGAUGCUGAGGAUGAGAAACUGAAAAAGCUAAAGAACGAAUUUGGAAAUGAAGUUUAUGAAGCUGUGACAACAGCUUUGAUGGAGCUGAAUGAGUACAACCCCAGUGGCAGGUAUGUUAUACCUGAGUUAUGGAACUACAACCAGAAAAGGAGAGCAACACUGAAGGAAGGAGUAGCAUACAUAAUGGAGCAGUGGAAAUGCCUCAAAUGGAAAACCAAGGAUCACUGAAGGUCCAUGGCCUAUCCAUCUUCAUUCAAUGAUGAUGUCACUGUGGUGAAUCAUCCGUUAUAUUGAUCAUAUGCUGUAGCCGGCUCUUGAAUUUAGCCCCUGUUGGAUCAGUGAUGUCUUUAUGUAGUGUGACAGUUUGCAACUAUGAUGAGACUACAUAGAGUCAGUUUUGUUGUUUGGCUGAUGAAACUUAGUAGUAAUCUUCUUUAGGACAGUUCGACUAUGAUGUAUGAUUUUAUUUCAGUCAAGGGACCUUCAGUGUUGCUCUCCUUUUCUGGUUGUAGUUCCAUAACUCAGGUAUAACAUACCUGCCACUGGGGUUGUACUCAUUCAGCUCCAUCAAAGCUGUUGUCACAGCUUCAUAAACUUCAUUUCCAAAUUCGUUCUUUAGCUUUUUCAGUUUCUCAUCCUCAGCAUCUACCUGUAAUCAGGGAAUUCAAGACAUCUCUGCUACUGACAUUUUUUUCUUCAUUUUAAGAGCAAAUUGUGUUAUGGAAGUAUAUGCACCGAUUAAUCAA